UUUAUACGGGAAUGCCAAUCGUAGCGGUGCCAAUUUCUUCAUCUUCCAUCUUCUUCCCCGCUUGUUUCUUCUUGUUUUUCUUUGAAAAUGUUGCCGCUUAGAAUUGGAGUCAAUUCUUUUGCUAUAUAAAAUGGGGGUGGGAGGCAAAUUCUGGGAACUUUUAAAACCCUACGCUCGACUCGAGGGAUUCGAUUUCUUGAGAGACAAGAAGGUUGCUAUCGAUCUCUCCUUUUGGAUAGUCCAGCACGAGGCUGCCAUCAAGAAUCGAGCGAGGAAUCCUCAUCUCAGACUUACUUUCUUCCGAACCAUUAACCUUUUCUCUAAGUUUGGAGCGUUUCCGGUAUUUGUUUUGGAUGGAACUCCUUCGCCAUUAAAAUCUCAAGCAAGGAUUGCUCGAUUUUUCCGUUUUUCUGGCAUUGAUACUUCAACUUCGACUGGGGUCAAAGAGGGUGUCUCCAAGGAGAGGAACUCUGCUUUUUCAAAAUGUGUUGAUGACUGUGUGGAGCUGCUUGAACUAUUGGGAAUGCCAGUGCUGAAAGCCAACGGUGAGGCUGAAGCAUUGUGUGCUCAGUUAAAUAAAGAUGGUCAUGUUGAUGCUUGCAUUACAGCUGACAGCGAUGCAUUCCUCUUUGGGGCUACUUGUGUUAUUAAAUGUCUUAGGCCCAAUUCAAAAGAACCCUUUGAAUGCUACAAUAUGUCAGAUAUUGAAGCUGGUCUUGGACUGAAGAGGAAACACUUGAUAGCCAUUUCUCUUUUGGUUGGAAAUGACCAUGACCUGAAUGGGGUGCAAGGGAUUGGGCUUGAUAAGGCACUUCGUUUUGUACAAAGAUUUAGUGAAGAUGAGAUAUUGAAUAGAUUAUAUGCAAUAGGAAAAGGGGAUGUACUGUUAUUUCAGGAUGGAGUUACAUAUGUGGAUGAUGUUAUACCUUGUUCAGAUGAGAGCUCACCAAAGCCAAGACAGUCUCAUUGUUCCUUCUGCGGGCACCCUGGCAGCAAAGCAGCUCAUUUUAAGUUUUCUUGUGAAUAUUGUGUUACUGCUAAUAAUGUGGGUUGCUUGAAAAAGUCACAAAGGUUUCAGUGUAACUGCUUGUCCUGUGAUAAGGUUAGAAAAGAGAAGGACCAGAAGAAGCAUGAGAAUUGGUGGAUUAAAGUUUGCAGCAUGAUUACUAUGGAACCAAAUUUCCCAAAUGACGAGAUCAUUGAAAUGUACAUGGGCAAUAAUCACGGAAUGUUUCCUGAAGAUGGUUCUUUAUUAGCAUGGGGAGACCCAAAAACUGAACUGGUAGUUGAUUUCUUGGCUUAUCAUCAGUCAUGGCAGCGGUCUUUUGUUCGGCAGCGGAUACUUCCAAUGCUGUCUACUAUGUAUUUGAGAGAAAUGGCUAGAAAUCCAAAUAAAACUUUGUUAGUUGGGCAAUAUGAAUUUCAUUCCAUUCAGCGUGUGAAGAUAAGAUAUGGGCAUCAAUCUUAUGUGGUCAAGUGGAAGAAAGCCAUAUCAGGUGAACUUAGUUGUGCAGUCCCUGUUGAAUGGUCCAAUAUUCAAGAAGAAGAAUGUAUUGAAGUUGAUGAUGGGCCUGUUGAUCUGUUGGAUGAGUCCAUCGACCCCCAGAUUCAUGUUGAUGGCUACUGGAUUUUGACUGAUGAAACUCCAGCAUUAGUUUGUUCUGCUUUUCCAGAGGAAGUUGUCAAGUUUAUACAGAAAAAGGAACUAAAAGAAAUGAAAAGAAGAAAGACUUCAAUGAUAAGAUCUGAAGGGUCCAGUGAAAUGUCAGAAUUGUCAAAACCACAAGGUGUUCAACUAAGUAUUACUGAAUUUUACCGCUCAACCAAAAUACAGUCUCAGGCAAAACCAGGAGAAGACUUAGAGAAGCUUUCCUAUAAUCUGGGUGAUGAGUCAUCAAAACAAAAGAGGAAAGUGUCAGGUCCUAACCUGUCCAAGGCUGUAAGACGCCGCCUUUUGUUUGGUUAAGAAAUUUAUCGUUUCUGAAUUCUUGCCUCUUUUGAUGUACAGGAUAUCCAACUUAAGAUGUAAAGUUAUGUUUGCUUCUGGUCCUUUGGUUGCAGAAUGAUUUUGUUUAUCUUAUCUGAGUAAUAUAAUACCACUUUAUCUCUUA